UACUGCUGCAUUGUUGUCAUCAUGAAGGCAGCCACAGCCACCAUACUUGUCCUAGCUACCUGCACCCUGCUCUCUUCAGGGAAGAAGUUCAGAUGGUGCACCCUGUCUGACCUGGAGCAGAGGAAGUGUGCUGAGUUAUCUAAAACACUCCUGGCUGUCCUACCUCUGGCUACAAUAAACUCCUUUGCUAGGGUUUCCUGCAUCAGAGCUCAAAAUACUCAUGACUGUAUCGACAAGAUCAGGGUGAAUAAAGCAGAUGCUGUCUCCUUGGAUGCUGGAGAUGUUUAUUCUGCUGUGAAGCUGUACGGUCUAACUGUGGUGGCAAAGGAGAUCUAUGAGGAAGGAAACUGUGUGUUUGCUGUGGCCAUUGCCAGACGAGGAACUUUGAACAUCCAGAGGUUAAGGGGGGUGCGUAGCUGCCACAAUGGAGCCAGGUGGACAUCAGGUUGGAACAUCCCACUGGGCUUCCUCCUGGCUAGGAAUGAGCUCCUCUGGGAUGAGGAUCAGCCUCUGAGCCAAGUGAUCAGUCAGUAUUUCAAUGCCAGCUGCAUCCCAGGUGUUGGCGUCACUUCCCCUCAGCUCUGUGCUCUCUGUCAAGGACCGAAAUCCUACGUUAGGAACAAGAACCACUUCUGUGACACCAGCAGCAGUGAGCCCUUCUACGACUCUGACGGAGCCUUCAGGUGCUUGAAGAAUGGAGUAGCAGAUGUUGCUUUCCUAGAUCACUUAACAAUAAUGAAUUGCACAGAUUCAGACCAAGAGGAAUAUGAGCUCUUGUGUCCUGAUGGAUCCACAGCGAAGCUGAGUGCCUAUGGCACUUGUAACCUGGGUCGUGGGCCUGGGCGUGCCAUCAUCACCCGCCACAACUUCCAGAAGAUCACCAAGAAAUUCCUUACCCUGAUCCAGCAUCUCUUUGGGCAGAAUGGAAAAGAAAGGGCCAAGUUUGAGCUCUUCACUUCAGUGCCAUUCAAGGGGAAGAACCUGCUGUUCCGCGAUGCCACUCAGCACCUGCAGCUGCUCAAGGACAAAGUAGAGAUCUCCCACAUCCUUGGCCUGGACUACGUAGCCCUCUUGAAGGGACUAGGCCAUGAAGGGAGCUCACUGGACAACAGUGUGGUACGCUGGUGCUGCACCAGCAAUGCUGAGCUCCACAAGUGUGAAGAGUGGGCCCUGAACAUCAAAUCUGACCCCCUGGUCUGUGUCCAAGCCACUUCAAUGACCAACUGCAUUGAGUUGAUCAAGAGUAAUGAGGCCGAUGCAGCCACGCUGGAUGCCACGCAUGCGUACAUUGCAGGGAUAUGUGGGCUGGUCUCAGUAGCUGCAGAAUGCUAUGGAGAGGGGUGUGUCCCAGCUGCUGGGAGAACAAAGACGCUGACCCACCUUGCAGAUAAAGCACUGCCACCUGUCUAUGCUGUAGCCCUGGCAAAGAAGAAUGCCAGGCAUGUAAAUAUCCAUAAUCUGAGGGGACGGCGUUCCUGCCACAGUCACCUGUACAGUCCUGGGGGGUGGCUGCUCCUCUCCACGUACACAGUGGGGGCUCUGGAGAACAACACUGUGAACUGUGAUAUCGCCUCUGCUUACCAGAGUUACUUUUGGAAGGGUUGUAUGCCAGGAGCAGACAGGAACCUAUGCAAAGUCUGUAUUGGAGAUGGUGAGAUGGAAGGGGCGAAAGUGUCCAGCAGGUGUGCUGCGAACCAUAACGAACGCUACUAUGGAAACAUGGGUGCGCUCAGGUGUCUAGUCGGCAGUCCCAGUGGAAGGAGCUUUGGGGACGUGGCUUUCCUGGAACAUCAUAACCUGCUCAAGAAUAUUGAGAGUGAGAGUCAUCCUUUCAGAAUUUCAGCUGCUCUGCAAAGCUCAGGUUGGGCUAUGGGUUAUACCUUAAAUGACUUUGAGAUAUUGUGUCUGGAUGGAAGGCGUGUUGCAGUCACAGACUGGGCAGACUGUAACCUCGGUCCUGUUCCUCCUAACAUAGUUAUGACUCGACCAGUGACUACCACCAAGAUCUAUGGCUUCCUGAUGAAAUCCCAGGAAACUCUGGAAACAAAUCUGGAUUCUAGGUUCCAUCUAUUUCACUCACAGAAGUAUGGAGAAAGUGAUCUGCUCUUUAAAGAUGCCACUCAGUAUCUUGUUCACACAAGUCACCUGGGCUAUCAGUCAAUUCUUGGAAAGCCCUUCUUUCAGCUGGCAGAAUCUGUGUUUAACUGCACACAUGCAGAUAUAUUUAAAAGGAGAUUGGUCUCCCACAGAAGCACCGAAGAUACAUGUGAGUAAAUACCAGUGUUUGGAGUCCAACUCUUGAACAAGAUAAAGUAUCUGGGAUGAAAAAAUGGACCACAAUAAUUUCAUGCAUCUUCAUGACAAGCAGCACAGAAGGGCUUAAAGAUUAUCUACAUUUGCUACAUCCAGUCAUCUACUGUUGUGUGUAUAUAUGAAAAAACACACUCAUUCAGAAUCGGUGUUACACUGAGGUUUUGGCAGACAAACCCUUAAGGGGAUCUACCAAAACCUGGGAAACCAGACUGCCAGAAUGUGGAAAAACUCACAUUCCUACCAUAUGUA